UUGGUAUUCUUUGCAUCAGUUUGACAGCUUGAUAUUGCUGUUCCACCUUCUCAUGGCGAAUGUCUGAGAGGGAAAAUGCUCGCUGAAAGUGAAUUUAUGUAUUACCAGAUAAUAGAAACUUGGCGUUAUAGCUUCUCCGGUAAUUAAAGAAAUGACUGUCCGGAGAAAAGAAUUAGUCAUAAUGAAGUGUAUUGAUUACUGGAAGUUUCAAAUGCCUAAUUGAAUUAUUCACCCUCCGGCCACUUGACAGGCUUAAAGUAUGGGCGAAGAAGUGCAUGUUCCUCAUGAAACACUUGUGCUGUAUUUUCAUUAAUUUGUGAGCUGCUUCAAAAAUUUUAUUCAUUCAUUGUAUUGUUAUACACUUAAUUCAAGAAAUGGCUACAGUUCAACCUCCUACAACACAGUUAGAAUUCCAUCAAGCCAUGGCUGACUUUAAAACAAUGUUUCCUGACAUGGAUGAUGAAGUUAUAGAGGCUGUGUUACGGGCAAAUCAAGGAGCAGUGGAUGCCACAAUUGAUCAGCUUUUAGCUAUGAGCACUGAUAAUGAAAAUGAAAAAUUACGCAAUGAAAUGGAAAAGAAAGAAACACUUGUUCCAGACACCCCUGCUGCAGAUGAUGUUCAGGAAGAAACUGUUCAAGAGGCACCUGCUAAAAGAAGUCCACAGCCAUCUCCACAACAUACUACGAACACUGAAGUGCCAUUGAGAACUAUACGAGGCUGGGCACCACCUUUGUUGGGUCCUCUACCUGAUGACUUUUUACGAGUUGUACCUCCUCCUUGGGCUGCAACUCACAAGAAGCAGUGGAAGACUAUGUUACUAAGCCAGCAAUUGCUACAACAGAAGUAUGCUGAAAAUCAGAGAGUUAGAGGAGUUCUUUGUGAUGUUGGUGAUCCUGAAUUGGAUCGCUAUCUUGAAGAUGAAAGAAUAGCUCUUUUCCUACAAAAUGAAGAAUUCAUGGCUGAACUACGAUGGAAUAAGGAUUUUUUAUCAACUCUUGAAAGAGAUCAAGCUGAAGAAAGUCCUCCAGAAGAGACUCUCGCAUCAUUUCCUUUUAGCAAGUCACUUUCAAGUAGUCAUGAUGAAGAGGCAUUAUUUAGAGAAAGGCUUCGAAAUAUGGGAAAAAUGUCCCGCAAAAAAUUUGCACAGCUGGCUAGAGUUUUCACAAGACGUAAGAAAAGGAGUUCAGCAAAAAAUAUUUUGAGCCAAGGACCAGCACCGUCUAAAGAUAAUCUUUUACUAAAUGCAGAACCACUUUUGGAUGAUGAAGAGGAGGAAGAUGAAAAUGUCCCUGAAGGUUUUGACUCUAUGAAAAGACCUGAGCACAGACAGUAAGACUUGUUAGUUGCUGUUUACUGGUCCAUCCCAAUUGCAGCUUACUGAUUCUAUCAGUGCAGUGUACAUACAUCACAUUACAUCGCAUAAGUGUCAAUCUGUAAUUGUACAUAACAGGAACUUUUUCUCAUUAUGUUGUUCUAGUUAAUAAUGUAUAAUUUAAUGUUUGUAAAAUAAUUUAACUGAAGAGUUGUUGUUCAUUUUCUGUGAUUUAUUAUUCAUAUUCAGCCUAUAUAUUAUGCAUUAAUUCAAUUGUUUUAUUCUUAUAAAGUGCCAUUACACAAACUAUAGUGAAGAAAUGUAGAGACAGAAUUGUGUAAUUCAUAGUGUGGUUGUUAAAUAUGGAGUGGUGGUAAUCUCCAGUAGAAUUGUGAUAUAAGAUAUGUGAAUUUAGUUGAGAAAUAUGUAGAGUGUGUAUUUGAUGACCUUUGUCAGAGAUAUUUUAUUUAAUUGCUUCUAUUUACAUUUCAUCUUAAAUGUUUAGUUUUAUAAAAUUUGUUUAUACCAAUUAUUCUAAAAAAUUUACUCAUCUUCUUAAAAGUAUCUAGUCUCUUAAUGUAAUACUCAAGUUGAUUACUUCGGGAUUUAUUUACUGUAUUUUUUAUUAUCUACAGUGAAAUAUUCUAUUUCUUGAUAUGUAACUUUGAAUACUCAGAGGGUGAUUUUAUCCUCAGGAACAGCAUUGCCUUUGUUUUGUAAAUCAGUAGCUCUUUAAAUCUUCAGAGAGGCAAAAUAAUUGUUUGAGCAUGUCAGUAGUUACUCAUUGUUUUCUAAUGAUUUGUAAGAUGCUCUCAUGUAUAGAUGCCUCAGUAACUAGCUAAAAUGAGCUUGCAGUAUUCUGAAAAUAGAUUUAUAAAGCACUCUCAUAAUAUUUUGAAAAACUUUCAUCUGCUCUUCCCUGAAUUCAAGUACAUUAUCCAAUUACAAGCAGUAUGCCUUGGUGCAUGCCUUUGUUUUCAUUACAUUUUCAGGAUAAUCUGAAAGCUCACUUUUUAUAUCUUCUUUCGCAUGCUAGUCAGACAUAUGCCAAGUGAUCUAUUUCGUUUUCUAGUCCAGUAGUUUUCACAAACUAAGACAAUAAUGUUAGAAUCCACCCUCUAUAUUUAUGUUAGACUAUUAUACACAUAUUCACCCAUUGUUACUUAUUUAUUUAUUAAUUAUUUAAAUGCAGAUUUUAAGACCAAAUAUUGUUAUAUAUAUUUUGUAUUUUGAUUUUUUGAGAAUUGUUUAUAUAAUAUUGUUGUGUGAAGAAUGAUCUGAUUUAUCAUUUUUAUAACACAGAUUUAUUUGUGAUGUUGUUUGAUAGCAAAUAACUGGUUCCAAAAUCACUUUUCACAAGAGAAAUUGAAAGUAGAUGAUCAACAAUUUGGUCAGGAUCUUUUCUAAUGAACAAAAUAAAAGUAUUUAUUUUAAAUAAUUUUUUUAAAUUCAAAUUUGUUCAGCUUGAAAAUACUUAAUGUUAUUAGUUGUAAUUUACAACAUUUUAACUGUAUUUCUGUGCUCUAAAUAUUAAUUUUUAUCAUUUUAGAAAGAUAUUGUUAAUAUUUUGAUAUGAUGUUUUUGUAGUUAUAAAAAUAUAUUUGAAAUGUCUUAAUUGGGCUAUUGAGAUAGAAGUUACCGCUCCUUGAAGUGUGCACUGUUUAGUUUUCAAGAUAAACGAAAAUGUUGGAAUCAUUCCACUGCCAGAUUCAAUAGGAAUGUCCCACAUUUGUUUCAUGCAGGCAUUAAUGUCAGGCAUAUUUCCACAACAGUGUUGAAAAUAUAUCACUUUUGCUUAUUAUAACAUCAAGUUUACCAUCAAGCCUUUGUUGAUUUGUUGUUGUUGAAAAGAGAUGUGAUUGGAUUGUGCAGAUAGCAAGGUAAACAUACAAUAGGAACUUUUGAAGUGCAUUUGAUAUAAUGCACUCACAUAUCAUUUGUAUCAUGUACAGUUAAGAUUAUGUGAAAGAUUUAACCAAAGGUCUAAUGAUAUUUUUGUCAAAAAGACAAAGGCAAUAAGCUAGAACAGUGGAGUCGUUGUUUUUGGCUGUGUUCCAAAUGUUUAAAAUGAAAUAUAAACAAGAUUUUUUUUCCUUCAAAAAAAAAAAAAAUCAUGAAUAAAAUUGUUUUUAUUUAUUUGAACAUUAACAGCUGAUGUCUCAUGCGUAAUGAGAAUAUACUUUCAAGUAAAUAUGCAAUUGAUUUGGUGAAGAGUUUGCUGGUUAUUGGCUUUUGUUUCGUUAUUUGACUUUCUUUUAUUCAUUACCAUUUUGCUGUUCCUUAAAAACUUUAAAUUGAUCUUGAGAUGUAAAUUGAACCACUAUGCAAUAUUGUGCUCAGAAAUAUGAAACAAUAUUGUUUUUUUGUAAGCAUAUUAUUUUUUGAGUACAAAUAUUGUUUCUUUCAUGUCCAACAGAUAUGUUUGAAUUUUUUUUCCCAAAAAUAUUUGUAAGAUGAAAAUGCUAAAGUGUGACAUUACAAUUUUAUCUCAGCUUCUUGUCUUCAACAACUUUUACUGACAAUAUUGUUUGCUUGUCAAAAAUUGAAACUUUUCAAUUUAGGAAAUAUUUACGCCCCAUUAAUUUAUAAAUUAAUUUGAAUAAUUUUAUUCUUUAAAGCCAUUUUUACAUUAUUUUUUAUGAAAGUCUAGUAAAUGUAAUGAUUUCUUUCUUCUUAUUCCUUUUUCUAUUUUAUUUACUCAAUGUUUGUAUCUUUUAAAAACACUACUUGUUUGUUCUUUUAGUCUUGUAUAGAUGUCAUUUAUGUCAGAAAUACAUUCUACACAGACUUUUCCUGAUUUUGUGAGAAUAUUUAACUUUAUUUUUUACUUUUUAGUAGGAAGAGCAAUAUAAUUUAUGUAUUUCUUUUGUGAUGCUUAUUUUCAAUUUUGGAAGAAGUAUGAAUUAGGAAGAAGCAAGAGUAAUCUCAAUUGUUAAAAAUUGUUAUUAUUCAUUACAUGAAGUAGAAUUUGUGAAAAUUAAGAUUAGGGAAUUAACCCGUGUUUUGAGAUGUAUUUAAUGUAAUAAGUAUCUUAAAGACUGAAUUCUCUGUUGAAAUCUAUUUCUGUCAAAUUUUUAAUUGAGUGUAUUCAUUGUAGUUUACUUAUAAAUUGGAUACAUUUUAAAUGAUUGUGGGUUUGUCCAUUAACCUUCAUUUUUAAUUUGUAAAAUGUACAAAUUUAAUUUAAUAUACUUAGUGAAUU